AGCACAUCAAAACUCCAUGCAACAAUAGUCAAUACAAUCAUAAAUAUGCUAUAGAAGUCUAUAGAACUAGAUCUAGAGUCUAGAUAGAUAGACUAGAUCUAUAUACUAUUCUAUUAUAAUUCUAUACAUAGAUCUAUAUACAUACAAUCAUACAGUGAUAUAUACUUAUACUAUUAUAGUUAUAGAUCUAGAUCUAGAUCUAUUUGUUGUUAGUUGAACAGUCUUGACAAUGCGAGAAACACCCCUUUCAAAUUGUGAGAGAGAAUUUAUACUUAAAUGUAUUGCUCAGCAUAAACGACUAGAUGGAAGAAGUGCAUAUGACUAUAGAGACAUCAGAAUAGCUUUUGGAGUCAGUCUUGGAUGUUGUCAUGUUGAACUGGGCAAAACAAGAGUUUUGGCACAAGUCUCAUGUGAAGUAGGUCAGCCAAAACAAACACGUCCUCACGAUGGAGUGCUCUUUGUUAAUGUGGAGAUGUCACCAAUGGCUUGUCCAUCAUUUGAAGCUGGAAGGCAAUCAGAAGAAGGAGUUGAGUUGUCUAGGCUAAUGGAACGAUGUCUUAAGGAAUCUCGCUGUAUGGACUUAGAAUCUCUUUGCAUUGUUGCUGGAGAAAAGGCUUGGCAUAUAAGGGUGGACAUUCAUGUUCUAAACCAUGAGGGCAAUAUUUUAGACUGUGCAAGUAUUGCAGCCAUAUCAGCAUUAGCACACUUUAGGCGUCCAGAUGUUACUGUUCAAGGGGAAGAGAUCAGAAUCCAUUCAAUGGAAGACAGGACUCCAGUUCCUCUGAGCAUUCAUCAUUUUCCUCUACUAGUUUCUUUCACAUUUUUCUCUCAAGGUAAACACAUGCUUGUUGACCCAAGUGAAAAAGAAGAAAAAGUGAUGGAAGGAAAGAUGGUCAUAGGGAUGAACAAGCACAGAGAAAUAUGCACCUUGCAAGUGACUGGUCAAAUGUUGUUACUGAAAGAACAGGUCUUAAGGUGUUCAAACAUAGCUGUUACCAAAGUGACUGUCAUCACUGAACUAAUAUUUCAAGCCCUGGAGAAUGAUAAACAAGCAAGGUUAAAGGGAGAAAAGCAUGGGUUUGCAGAACUAGUUUCUGGGGAGAAAAUCACAUCAAAUAAACAGCCUGUGACAGAUGUGCCAGUCAGUCAGGCUAUGGAGGAGUCAGAAGAAGAUGGAUCCAGUUCAAUGGACAGUGACAGUGAGGAGAGUGAAAGUUUUACACAGCAUGCAUCUGAAGAGAGGAAAGUGGAAAUUUUGGCCAAAGGAGUGGGUAUGAUUGGAGAUGGUGGACCUAGCAAGUGGAUUGAUUUGACUUGUGAUGAUGAUCAUGCUGAGAGCAAAAAGUCAACAAAAUUCAAACCUGAACUAAUUGAGUUGGAUGGAGAGAGCAGUGAAGAAGAAUGUCAAGUUGUUUUGGAUGCAUCAUAACUUUUUUAUUCAAAAUAAAUUUAUUUUUUUUAAAAUCUG